AUGAAGUCAUUCAUUAAGCAGGCUGCCUUCGCAGCUUGCCUCCCAUGCUUAGUUGUAGCUGAUUACAAUGACGCGUUUGUUGUUGAGUUCGAUUCAUCAGUGCAAUUGAGCCCAGCAGAUCUCAUCAGCCGGACUCAGGCAUCUUUGGCAGCUUCUGGCUUAGACUGCACUGCAUCUUCGCGAUAUCAUUUCACUCACGCUGUAUUUCAAGGCGGAUCUUUCAACGUCGACUGCACCAACAAUGGAGUUUCUCAGAAGGCGGUGCUGUCGACCAUACAGUCGAUUGAUGGCAUUCAGAAGGCCUGGCCUGUAAUUUCAGCAGCACCAGCCGUCCACAUGCCGAGAAUUCCAGGUAUUUCUGACGGCGAUUGGGGAAGCAGCACUCAUGGUUCGUCCAAGCGCGACUUGUCUCAGGUCUUGGCUCUCCAAGCAAGAGACAAUAUCGCAGCCGAUACCUUGCCGACGCAUGUUGAUACUGGGGUGUCGAAGCUACACGCCAGCAAUAUCACUGGUAAAGGCAUCCGUGUGGCAGUCAUUGACAGCGGUUUCGACAUCGAUACUCCGGGCCUCAGCAAGACCAACAUUGUCUAUGCUCACGACAUGACAGACGGCGACAAUGAUGUUCGUGACAACUGUUCCUUCCAUGGCACACAUGUUCUGGGUAUUGUAGGAGCCAAGGGUGAUGAGGGGAGGUUUGGUGUCGUUGGCGUGGCCCCUGAUGCCACAUACGAGCUUUACCGCAUCACAGGUUGUACUUCAGGAACUACGGAUGACGCGAUCAUCAACUCGUUCCUCGAAGCUGCAGAAAGAGGCGUCGACGUUAUAUCAUGUUCAUAUGGGGGUGCCCUUACUUUCCCUGAAGACCCCUGGUCUAUCGUAGCCACACGACUGUUUAACAAUGGCACCUAUAUCUCCCUUGUAGCCGGAAACGGUGGCCCUGGCAUCUUCACAGGCGCCAGCCCUGGGGGUGCAGAUGCUAUCGCCGCCGUUGGGUCUACCGACAACUCGCAAACUCCUUACUACAACUGGGGAGGCAAUUGGACCGCAGGAGGUGAAGGUGGAUCGCUUCGCUUUGUCCCUGGCAUGCCGUUCGACUUCCCAUCAAAAGAAGGGCUGACAGUCUGGACUUCAGACACACCCAACACCAAUGGUUGCCAGCUGCUCCCUGAUAAGUCUAGUUUGCCGGCCGACUUGUCCAAAGUCAUUUUCCUCUCCCAGUUUGACCAAUGCUGGAUGGCAGCCGAUAACUCUACAGUCUCACUCACGAAAGAGUUUGGCAUCCCUUAUGUCAUGUACUACAGCUGGAGCAAUUACACGGUCUCUGAAGGCCCGCUAUUCCUCAAGGUCUCCGCAGCAAACCAGAAAGGGGCUGUCACGGUUGACUAUGAAACAGCAAAGCAACUACUGGAUGCCAAGGCAAAGCACGGUUCCGUUCAGGUGUUCCUUGCCAACGAGGUCUCUUUUGCAGAUGUUAGUCUCACUUAUAAGGCCAAUAACCGCUCUGGUCUCAUGAGCUCCGUGUUCACCAGCUGGGGCCCAACUCUUCGAGCAGGAUCCAUGCCCGCAUUCCAUGCCCCCGGAGGAAAUAUCUUGAGUACUUUCCCUGGAUGGCUUGGAGGCUAUGGAGUGGUCAGUGGCACUAGCCAGGCCACCCCGUUUGUCGCCGGCAUCGCUGCGCUUGUCAAACAGCAGCAUCCAGAUUACAGCUCUGAAGAUAUCCGGAAUGUCAUCGCGGCCACAUCACGGCCUGUCAAGUGGUACGAUGGAAAAGGAAACACUGGAGACUUCCUGGCACCCGUCUUCCAACAAGGGUCUGGCCUUGUCGACGCGUGGGGAGCAGUUCACUCGACCACAUUACUCAGCGCCUCUGCCCUUUCAUUCAAUGACACGGCCAACCGCCCCAAAGAGUUAACCUUCACAAUCAAGAACACCGGGUUGAAGACUACCACCUACGAUCUGAGUCAUGUUGGAGCCAGCUCUGGCUAUGUGCUUGAGAAGGUGGAUAGCUACCAACUCACUGAGGCCGUGGUGUAUCCAGUGUACGCCGAAGUCAGCAUCAACCCUACAACUCUCUCAGUUGAGCCAGGGAAGACAGCCACUGUUUCGGUUUCGGUCUCAAAAGAGCCCGCUUUGUCGGAAGCUUCAACUCGUGUGUCCUAUUUUGGAGGCUACAUCAACAUUGAAGCCAAGGGUGCAGCUGACAUCAAUAAACUCUCGCUACCCUACACCGGCUUCGGCGCGCCAUUGACUACCUUACACAGCAUCAACCGGGACAAAUCUUAUCUGUCGUCAUACAAUGUAACUGCCGGCAAGGCAUCGCAUGCCGAACCAGGCCGCGUUUAUACCUGCACGUUGAACAUCACCGCAGAUAUUCCAGCUUCGUUCCCAGGCAAUGAGUUUCCCGGCAUCGAGGUCUUCCUCUUCUUGCAGUCGCGCAACAUGAGCAUUCACAUGGUAGACGCAAAGACUGGAAAUGUAGUGGUCAACUCCUACCAGAGUACGUCAGAGGUCCCAUGGAACGGUUCCACUUGGUAUUGGGAUGGUUCCGACGAUAACAAAGCUCCCGUGCCGGCUGGUACUUACAUCUGGCGCGUCAAGGCCCUGAAGAUGCUUGGAGAUGCGGCGAAGGAGGAGGACUGGGAAACCUGGGAAGCCGGUACAUGGGUUCUGGAAUACACUGCUGACAGCAUUUUCCCUUCGAGUUCAACGAUUCCGAAAAGUAUGGGCUGGUAUGAAAUCACCGACGACUAUAUUAAAGACUCGAAGAUCAACAUCCCAGUAUGCGAAACUCUCCAACUCAGAGAUGUUUACGGCGGAACCCAAAGAACCAUAUACCGCGUUGAUCAGAGCGGACGACAGUUUCCAGUGUGGACUGUCAACGAGAACAUUGAAAGCGGCGUACUUGCGAUUGUCUCCGCCGACCCCAGAGCACAGGUCCCCGCAGGCAAUGCCGUUGGUAUCAUCAAAUACCACACCAUGUCCUCAAGAACACAAAUCACCCUACGCAGAUCAGAACUCAGUCUGGGGCUUACGGACUACAGCCAUGGACACGAAAUCAACUUCAACGGCUGCAACUACCGAUGGGUUAUGUCCAAAAAUACCAUGUCGACGAACACGCUUUACCUGAAGACCGAUGGGAAUCGAAUUUUAGCAAGAUGGUCAGGAAAGCCUGAAGGUCGAGGGGGCGACCCAAGUCCGGUUUUUGAACUAUUCGUUCCCCCUCAAACGCUGGACAUGGACUUUUUGGUAGUCACCGGUUUGGCGGCUGCAGGAUACUGGAAGAAGGCAGACAAGCUCAAGAGCCCGAUAAGCAAGAUUUUGAAAAUUAUGGGAGGCCUGGGUCCAUAA